GGAAAGGCGAAAGUCGUAUUUAAAACAUCGACAUUUGCUGUGCAACUUCUUACAAACAGUGACAGGCAGACUGGACAGCAGACAACAGUCGGUAAGAGUCAAAGGAAAAGGUUGUGUCCUCAAGAACUCAACUCAAAGGACUCAGAGGUGGAUGAUCAGGAUGUUUCAAAGUUUGGACUUUUUCGUUUUAAGCUGCCUCUUUCUAACUGUUUCAUCCCAACAAGGCCAAAUCUUACCACCACAAAAAGUGUCACUGCAAUGGAUUGAUUUGUGUAUACAGUUGUCCUGGGAACCACCACAACAUUCAAUGGAAAACUGCACGUAUAAAGUGAUCCUCCCCAAUGAGAAAGAACCUGAUGUCAAAGGCCUUACCUCCGAGUUCUACGGUUUGAUGGAAAGAGGCUCUGGGCCAUUGAAGAUUAAAACUGUCUGUAGAGAGAGAAGUAGUGAGCCGUUCAAGGUCGACCUAUUUUACCAAGGCCUGGUGGUGGGUUUGAAGUGCUACGUCCAUGCCACCAGACAAACUCAUUGCUCCUGGCUCCCAGACAGACAUGCUGAUCUUCGGUUUUACUAUCGGGUAGUGCGUAGUGAUGGCUCUGUAUCUAUUUACGACAAGUCCGAUCCAAAAGUGCAAGAGUGCUCAUCGUACAAUGACAGCGACGGCGUCAGGACUGGUUGUGAUCUGGAGGCGGACAACAGAGACGAAAUCCACAUCUUGAUUAAUGGAACGCUGAACAACACGCAUGUCUUGAACACCGACAACAUAAGGCCUUACGUGCAACCUCCUGCCCUUAACUGGACAGUCACUAAAACUGGGGGUAAAUUCCAUAUCAACUGGACUCUUCCUAACAUCAAUGUUAAGUGGAAGACUACAAUUAGAUACACCGAGUGUAAAGAAACGAAGUAUAAACAUUAUGAAAAAGGAGAAAUAUCAGCUGUGUUGGACGUGGUCUCUAACUGUCCGUACCGUAUGGAUAUAAAAACACAGCCUUCGACUGUGGAAGGACUUGAAUCACCAUGGAGUGAAGAGAAGUAUUUUGAAGCGGACACAAAUCUGUGGCUGUAUGCUACCAUUAUCAUCCCACUGAUGUUCGCUGGCCUGGCAGCCCUGAUUUUUGUGUGUUUCAGGAAGAAUAAGGACAUUAUUUUCCCCGAAGUACCAGAACCUCGGGACUUCCUCAGCGAUAUUUCUGACAACAACAAUAAGAUCACUGUUCGCUACAUCCCGGCAGAGGAAGAAGAACACUGUAAAAUCACUCUGGUGGAAGAUCCGCUGAUUUCGUCGACUUAACGGCAACAGGUGUUGCUGUUAACAAGCAUUUCUGAUUCUUACAAACAGUCCCCUUUAAUAUAUAAAUUAAAAAGAACUGGGGAAAAAAUUCCCCCUUGUUCUGAUAUUUAUUCAUAGUUUCUCUUUAGUUCAUCUAGAAGUGUCCUUGAGUGACUUUGUGGGAAAAGGAUGCAGAUCAUGGCUACAUAAAUCUAUUCAAAAACA